AUGGCGAAGGCUAUCGGUGGUGCCAAUGAUGAUGAUGGCGUCGAGAUGAGUGAUAUCAAUGGAGUUCGUGGCAGCGGUACUGUCGACAAGUUUUAG